CUUAAAACGCAAAUGACAUGGCGGCUGCUCUUGUCUCACUAGAUACAGUAUUUUCCCGGAAGGUUCAAUAAAUUUUAAAAUUAAAACUGCAUCAAUUGCCUCCUUUUUAUAUUCUAGGAGCCAACGCCACUUACUAGUAUCCAUUACCAUUAUUUCUCUUUUCUCUUUAAUAUGCCAAGCUUUUUUUGAGAUUUUUUCAGUGACCAGAAAGGAGUCUAUGGAUACCCUUUUUGAAGGAUUUCCUGCUUCCAUGAAUGAAAUGAAAUUUGAUCACCAUGGCUCAGUUUCAUCUUAUUCAAAUCAGAAUCUGGUUAAUGGAUUUAAACUCAAUCAUGACUCAAUAGAUCAUCAUCCACCAAUUCUUCACACCAAUCCACCAAGUGAUUCUUUUCCAUCUUGGGACUCGGGCUCAGAUGGAGAUUCUCCGGACAGCUCUGACCACUCUACUGCUGUUCUCAAGUACAUUAGUGAAAUCCUUAUGGAAGAAGAUUUGGAGGGAAAACCCUGCAUGUUGCAGGACUGUCUGGCCCUCCAAGCUGAAGAAAAAUCCUUCUAUGAUGUCCUUGGCCAGAAAUACCCCCCUUCACCUAAUCAUGUCCUUCCUUCUCUCAGAAAAUACCUUGAGAACCCAGAUGAUAAAUUCCCCAGGAGUUCUAGCAGUACCGAUAGCUGUGACAGCUAUUAUUCUUCUACCAAUUUGAUUGAUUCUCCAGAAAGUACCUUUCUGGUGCCAAAUAUGUUCAGUGAGAUGCAGAUGCAGUCCUCCAAUCAAUUCAGUGGAGAAGUAGGGGAAGCUAGCAACUUUAUUUUAAAUCUGGACAGUGUUGUUUUUGCGCCGAAGAGCAGCCCGCCACUGCAUCGAGAACAGGUUUUGGCGAGCUCAGUUAGGGAUGGGAGGCAGCAUUCAUCUACCGGAUCAAGGGGAAGGAAAAUUGACCAGCGCGAGGGUAGUGAUGAGCUUGAAGAAGGGAGGAAUAACAAGCAUUCAGCUCUUUCUCUUACAGAGUUUGAGCAAUCAGAGAUGGAUGAAAUAUUGCUGAUGUGCAAGUCUGGGAACAAUGAGUCUCCGUCAUGUUCUCCAGGGCCAAACGGAUCAAACAGGAAACCACAACAGAAUGGACAAUUAAAAGGGUCUAAUGGUAGAGCAACACGUACAAAGAAAAAAGUUUAUAAAGGAGAGGUAGUAGAUUUGUGGUCUCUGCUAACUCAAUGUGCACAAGCUGUGGCUAGUAAUGACCAAAGGUCUGCAAAUGAGCUACUGAAGCAGAUUAGGCAGCACUCUUCUGCUUUUGGUGAUGGAAACCAAAGAUUGGCUCAUUACUUUGCUAAUGGCCUUGAGGCACGUCUUGUUGGCACUCAGACACCAAUAUAUUCGCAUAUAAGUAAUAGAGCAUCCGCAGCUGAUAUCCUGAAGGCUUACCGGGUUCAUGUUACUUCCUGCCCCUUCACCAGGAUGUCAUUUUAUAUGGCAAACAGAACGAUUGCAAAACUAGUUGAGAAAGCAACAAGGCUUCACAUUAUUGACUUUGGCAUUUGCUAUGGUUUUCAGUGGCCGUGCUUGAUUCAGCUUCUUUCAGAAAGGAGUGAUGGACCUCCCAUGCUUCGCAUCACAGGCAUUGAGCUUCCCCAACCAGGUUUCCGGCCAGCAGAAAGAGUUGAAGAGACAGGGCGUCGCUUAACAAGUUACUGUGAAAGAUUUAAUGUCCCAUUUAAGUACCAUGUCAUAGCAAAGAAAUGGGAAACCAUCAAAUUAGAAGAUCUUAAGAUUGACAGAGAUGAGGUAACAGUGGUUAACUGUUUGUAUCGAAUGAAAAACCUCCCAGAUGACACAAUGAUAGAUAGCAGCCCAAGGGAUACCGUCUUACAAUUGAUCAAGAAUAUUAAUCCAGAUUUAUUCAUCCAUGGGACUGUUAAUGGCGCUCACAACGCACCUUUCUUUCUCACACGAUUCCGGGAGGCAUUAUUCCACUUCUCUGCAUUGUUUGAUAUGUAUAAUGUUAAUGUAGCGACAGAAGAUGAGGGGAGGAUGCUGUUUGAAAGAGAAGUAUUUGGAAUGGAUGCUGUGAAUACCAUUGCAUGUGAAGGUAUAGAGCGAGUGGAAAGGCCAGAGACGUAUAAGCAGUGGCAGGUGAGAUCUCAGAGGGCUGGGUUCAGGAAACUGCCAUUGGACCAGAAAAUUUUUGAAACAGUGAGGAAUAAAGUGAAAUCAAAAUAUCAUCAGGAUUUUAUUGUUGACGAGGAUGCCAAUUGGAUGCUGCAGGGAUGGAAAGGAAGAGUAAUCCAUGCUCUUUCUUUCUGGAAACUUGUUCAAGACUAGGAGUGGCUCAUAAGGUGUAGCAAGUUUUCUUUCUUUUUUUUUGUUUUUUGCUACUAGUUAUUGUACAGCCAUAUGGCUUAAUAGUGGCAACAAUAUGUAGUCUGCUGAUCAGCUGUUGUUAUUAUGUAAUAUGGGAAAUUUCAGUGCUUUUAGUUUGCGAUUUGUUGAGUUAACAAACAUUUUUUCAGAA